AUGGCCACCAGGCAGCACCAAGCCACGGGCUUUUCCCAGGAGCACUGCAACAACAACUAUUUACCGGGGAAGAACGUACCCCGUGCUAACAUGCCCUACCACGGCAUCGACAUGCCCGGCUCCGGCAAACCUACCGGAAGGUUCAGCAACGGCUACAACACCGCCAAUUUCGUUGUGACGAGCAUGGGUUUCGAGAGUAGCCCUCCACCGUAUCUGUUGCUGGAGUCGAGCUCCCGCCUUCUUGUGCUCACCGCUCUCGCCGCUGGUGUGAACUAUGCGUCCUCAGGAGCUGGCAUCCUAGACUCCACCAACGCGGGCGGCAACAUCCCGUUGUCAAGGCAGGUACGCUGCCCCCUGCACGAGGACGGAACAGGCCAGCAACAGAUCGGCUGCAGAGCAGCAUAG